AUGUUGAAGUUUCCUUAUUGUAAUGUGACGGACCUAAAUCAGGCCUUGGCUCAAUGUAGGUUUGUGGGUUUACUUGGCCCACUUGCGUCUCGUCGGCAGAGCCCACGCGCCGUAGUCUCCUGCUCUCCCUCCUCCUCGGAAUUCAGCCUGACGCCGGUUCAAGCCGUUAUGUCGUGCCAGCAACAGGUCGGGUCGAGUUUGGUUAACCGGCUCCGGUUGGGUGGAUUGACGGAAGAUGGGUUCUCUUACAAAGAAAAGUUUAUCAUUAGAGGUUUUGAGGUUGGGAUUAACAAAAUUGCCACUAUUGAAACCAUUGCUAAUUUAUUGCAGGAGGUUGGAAGUAACCAUGCUCAAAGUGUUGGAUUUUCAACAGAUGGGUUUGGUACCAGUCCUACCAUGAGAAAAUUGCAUCUCAUAUGGGUGACUGCUCGCAUGCACAUUGAAGUAUACAAGUACCCUGCUUGGAGGGAUGUGAUCGAAAUUGAAACAUGGUGUCAAAACGAGGGAAGAAUCGGAACCCGUAGGGAUUGGAUCCUAAACGACGUCGCUACUGGUGAGGUUUUCGGCAGAGCUACGAGCAAAUGGGUGAUGAUGAACCAGGACACGAGACGGAUGCAAAAAGUUAGUGAUGAUGUCAAGGAAGAAUAUCUCAUCUUCUGUCCACGAGAACCUCGAUUAGCGUUUUCGGAGAAGAACAAUAAGAGUUUGAAAAGGAUUGCUAAAUUAGAAGAUCCUGUUCGGUAUUCCAAGCUAGGACUUAAGCCAAGACGAGCUGAUCUUGACAUGAACCAGCAUGUCAAUAACGUAACCUAUAUCGGAUGGGUUCUCGAGAGCAUACCGAAAGAGAUUAUCGACACGCAUGAACUGCAAGCUAUCACGUUGGAUUACCGACGGGAAUGCCAACAGUACAAUGUGGUUGAUUCACUUACCGGUCUGGAACUAACAGAGGGUUCCAAAAUGGUAUCAGUGGGAACAAAUGGGUCUGCAACUGCAACUGCAACUACAAGAGAAGAUGAUCACGAUUGUCAUCGGUUUUUGCAUCUCUUGAGAUUGUCCAGUGAUGGGCGGGAAAUAAACCGAGGUCGUACCGAAUGGAGAAAGAAACCUACUAGAUGA